CUGCAGUGCACAGACAAUUCUUUCCAGAAGGCAGAAAGCAAUGCUCAGUCUACUGACAAGCAAGGCAACAGACCGACAAGAAGUCAGGAAAUAUCCUCACAGCAACAGACGACAACAUCCCCAGUGGGUCUUCUGAAGCCAACUUUCACUCUCAUGGGUGUUAUUGCUUUUUAAUUCACAGUCAACCGCCCCUGUUGCUGCCAGUACAAACCUGCAGAUGAACUCGACUACAGGCUUACUUUUCAAUCCUGCGUCUGCCUCAACAAACUCAGCAAAGGUGUACUUGCAAAAGGAAGAUACACAUGUUUUUUUGACAGAGCUACAGGUGGUUUGAGUUUGAGCUGCUGGUGGACUAGAGUUUUUUUUUUUUUUUCACGGCAUCUUUAGAGCCAGUAUGUUGUGUAUCGUUGUGGCAUGUUUGGUUUUCGUCCUGCUGGGCUCAGGGCAGGCUCAGGUUGCCACACAGACCCGGCAGCCGAGCCAGAGUCAGGGCCAGGGCCAGGGCCAGGGGCAGGACAGCUCGGCCACCCCUUGGAGGCAGGUGAUACGAUGGGAGAACAAUGGGCGGCUGUUUAGCCUGCUGAACAGUGGGGCUGAAUAUGUCCCUGCUGGGGCAGGGGCCCAGGACAGAGGUCCCAGGGUUGUUGUGGCAGACGCUCGUUCUUCACAAAGAUCUCAGGGGAACAAUGUCCGCCGACAGGCUCCACCAAGAGGAUCCUCUGACACUGUCCGUGGGCAGGCACGGCAUCCCUUUGGAUUUGGGCAAGUACCUGACAACUGGAGACAAACUGCUGGCAGCACAGGGGGUACUCAGUUCCAAGGAUCCUCAAGCUCCCGCUUCAGGCCAUCCACAGGAUCUUCAUCUUCAUCAUCAUCAUCAUCAUCCUCAUCAUCCUCUUAUAAUAUACCAUCUUACCCACAGAACCCAUUCCCUCAGCAGACUCCCUUUCAACCAAUACCUUACGACCCUGGUUAUUUAGCAGGGCCAGUCAGGAGCUAUGAGCCACCUUUUCAGCCUGUUGCCGGAGGAGGAUAUGCCGGUGGGACAUAUGGCGGUAGGACAUAUGGAGGUGGGGGAUAUGGCGGAGGAGGGUAUGGUGCGGGGCAGGGGUAUACUGGUGGAGUGUAUGGAGAUCUGACCCCAGUGCUCCCAGGUUCUCCCUCUGAAUUUAGUGACGAUGGCUACCGUUACCACCAGUCUUAUGGCUAUGCGCCCAAUCCUGAGGUACCCGAACGUGCUGCCCAACCACCAUUUGCUGAUGGUUUGGACCACAGAUACACCCACAGUAUUUUCAACGGCGAGACUGCUCCUGCCGUCAAUGCACCUGAUGCCAAUCGGGCAGCUCCCGUGGUAGUGGACAGAACUGGACGAGCUGGUCAACCACAAGAAAGGAGCCCUCAGCAUGAGCAGUUUCCUCCAUUUGGAAGACCUCAGCCUCCUUUCCUGCAGCCUGUUCCUGCAGGCAGAAGUUCUCCCAACUCUGGCCUUGAGAACCCCAGCAUGAAUGUCGGCAGUGUGUACAGACCACAACAGAGAGGUUUGCCCGACCUGGUUCCUGAUCCCAACUAUGUGCAGGCCUCCACAUAUAUCCAGAGAGCCCACAUGUACUCUCUCCGCUGUGCUGCUGAAGAAAAAUGUCUUUCAAGCUCUGCCUAUGGCCCCGAUAUCACAGACUACGAUCUAAGGGUCUUGCUGCGAUUCCCUCAGAGGGUGAAGAACAGGGGGACUGCCGACUUCAUGCCCAACAGGCCACGUCAGACCUGGGAGUGGCACAGCUGUCACCAGCACUACCACAGUAUGGAUGAGUUCAGCCACUAUGAUUUACUGGAGGUCAGUACUGGCCGUAAAGUGGCUGAGGGGCACAAGGCUAGCUUCUGUCUGGAGGACACCACUUGUGACUUUGGCCAUCUGAAGCGCUAUGCCUGUACCACUCACACUCAGGGUCUGAGCCCUGGCUGCUACGACACGUACAACGCUGAUAUCGACUGCCAAUGGAUCGAUAUUACAGACAUCCAGCCGGGAAAAUACAUACUAAAGCUCCAGGUUAAUCCCAAAUUCUUGGUGCUGGAAUCAGACUUCACCAACAAUGUGGUCAGGUGUAACAUACACUACACGGGACGGUUUGUUACAACAAACAACUGCAAGAUAACACAGUCUUGAUCAGUCACUGGAAGACUACAACACUAAAGGGACCUUGAUUGCGAUUCCAUUGAAAUGUGAAUGGAAUCCAUUUGUUGUCGGUUCAUUGUUGUUUGUCUUAAAUCGUAUCCUGGUUGCCUAUAGCAAACAAUUUACAGUUUCCACAGGCACUGAAAAUAAUGUGGAGGUUUCGAAUUGACGUGCACACACACAUACAAUGUUAUAUAUCACAUCAUUUCCUCUUGAAAUCCCAAUAAUGACCAAAUUACAUUCCUUCAAUGUACGUACCUCACAAAAUUGUCGUACCAACUAUAUUUCUCGUAUUGCAUCUCUACCAGUUGGUUUUUGUUGGUGUUGGAAUACAUUUGAUGACUUAAAAAAAAAGGUGUUUACUGUAUCUGCACACAAACAUAGGCACAGCUUUUGUCUGAGUGGCUGUGAUUGAAUUAUAAAUAAAGUGUGAAACGGUGGUGGUGCUGAAAUAAGUGGUCCCAGACAAGUCAGGGUUCAGCUGCGAUCCAACAAAUAAAAUUAAGGGACAAAGUCUUCCCAGGUGCAUUCAUCCGUGCCUUAUGGGGACAGACAGAGAUGCCCAGUGACUCAGAAGAACUAUAAUGUGUGUUAGUUUUUCUUUUCUUUUUUUUCACCGCCUCAGUGGGUCACGCUGGGUUACUGUGAUUCUCAGAGCACAUCCAGUUUCAUGUUGUGUUAACAGCAAUAGGACGACAGCAGGGCAUAUUUGCAUUUGUCAAAUCCAUCAAAUUUGAAGGCAACAUAAAAACAGAGCUUUAAUACGUGUUGCUGUCUUCCUCUAAAUCCUCUUAUGUUUUUUUGGCCUUUCUUGGCCUUUGUUAUUUCGGUAAAACAUGAACAGGAAGCUCGGCAGAAAACCAGACUCACACUAUGUAAAGCUGUAUAUUUACACUGUUUGGGGUCUCUUCUUCAACCAUCAACACUGGCCAGAUGGAACACAGGUCAUCUUUACCAUUUGAAGAACGUAGAUAUAAAUAUCCAAGUGAUGCAUGACUUUAAUAAUGUACUGUAGAUCAUUUUACUCUUUUAUCCAGUUUGACCUGUUACUGUAAUUUGUCAAUUUCAAUGACCUUGUUUUUUUUCUUUGAUAGUAUUAAUUAUUCAAAUGGAUCUAUAUACUGUGGCUACAGAAAUAAGCAUCAUAACCCAGAGCAUUAGAAAGCCAUCUCUACCUCUCCAACUGAGUGAGCUGUUACCUGUUAAGUGUUUGGUUUCCAUUUGGAAAUCCCUGCAAUGGUUCUCUAUGGUCACCUACCACUGUACUGAAUCACAAAGCUAAAGAAUUAUUCCAUUGAACAUAUCAAAGAUCAAACAAUGUUGAGAUGCAAACAAUCAGGGAGUAAUAUCCCAAAACACAAGUAACAAUCCUUAAGAUUUCACAUCUGUGGUUACAGAUAGGCAAAUGUGGUGUAAUGUUUAAUCAUACACUCCUUGAGUAGCAACUUUGUAAGUAGCAGUACAUCCGAAGAGCAAGGCAUUUAUCUGUUUACAGCGGAACCAAACAUUUCCAAGUUUUAUUAAAGAAGUCAGGCAAUAAUUGGACUUCCUCCAUCAUGCAAUGGGCAACUGUGAUGUGAUUUCCUAGUAUUCCACUCAGCAGCGGGGCACAGUAACAGAAGUGGUUAUCUUGCUGAAAAGUUGGAGGUGUAUAGCAAUGUUACCUGCAGCUCCUCAUCAACAGCUCACUGUGACUCACUUCUUGUUCCAUCAAUGCCGGCAAUAUUUAAGACAGUUCCGCUGCAAACUUGCUGACAUUGUAGUUUACACUAAUCGUGGGGAGAAAAGGAUUCCUAGGACUGCUUUUCAAUUAAAGCCCACCCCCCCCAAUUUUUAAAACUAGCAGCCGUAGGCCAUAUUUGUGUGCCUUAAUGCAGUUGUAUAACGAUAUAACAAUUUAUAUUACUGGAAAGUGGGUUUGAGUUUUUCUUUUCUUUUUUUAAAACAAAGUUCUCUCAAUGCAUAAUAAACAUGGUCGUUGGUAUUCAAAUCAUUGCUAAAUUGACUGUAAAUAUUCAGUUCUUUAAUUAGAUCUGUAUUUUUGUCAUGUGGGUAGCGCAUGAUCAUACUACACGCUUAUUGACGAAAUGCAACAUCAUGUGAUUCUGAGAUUCAGUGGAACACAACAAGUGUGGGUGACACCAUCUUUGGCAUCUUCAAAAAUGUCUUAUACAAUAAAUGCAU